AUGUGUGCAACAGGAACCAUCUGUUCAUCCAUCUUCACACGCCAAGCUGUGCCGCCUACUUCCUCGAACCCUUCAGUACUGAUGCAACAAAGCCCCGAUGCUGGAGGUCCUUUGAGACAGAGCACCUUUCCUGCCGUUAGUGAUGAGGUGCCUCCUGAAGAUCCUGCUCCUCUGGUAAGGCGACGCCUCUUUAGCCAUCAUCGUACAAGAAUUCUGCUGACUCUAUCGCAGCAAUGCCUCCCUGCCAUGUGCCACCCCUCUUGCAAUGAUAUCAACUCGCCCAGGCGAGAAUGGAUUGAAUGGGACUCGCAGAUCCUCAACGCUCUCUUCUGCGUCACAGGUUUUGGGCUUGCUCCCUGGCGAUUCCGCGACCUUUGGUUCUUAUUUCAAUACCAAGUGCAAGGGAAGGAGAUAUCCCUCCGGCGGCUGGGUGGAAUUCACCGAGGCUGGUUCCGACUCCCCGGCUCCGCAGAGCUCGACCCUAAGAUAGGGCCGGAAAAUGUGUCAAGCUCACCUCACCUCGUCUCGUCUAUCGCCUGUCCAUAUCCCAGGGAUAAGAUUCCCGACGCCCCCCUGACCGGUCAACGCGCACCGGCCACGCCAAUUUGGAAGUCGGGCGCCGUAAUCUGGCUGAUGGUCUGGAAUACCUUCUUUCAGUGUUGUCUCGCCGGCUUCAUGUGGGGAAUGAACAGAUAUAACCGGCCCAGCUGGGCGACCGGGCUCUUUGUCGGCCUCGGGUGUAUGGUUGCCGCUGUCGGGGGAAUCAUUAUAUUCAUUGAAGGAAAGAAGGUCAAGGGCAUCAAGGGCGUUCUCAUCGGCGACAAGGAUAUCCAGCAGCUUCAAGAGGACCGAGAGAAGGGCAUUUGGCAUUAUAAUAACAUCAAGGACAAGGAUUUAACAGAAGAUGCAAAAAAGAACAAGGUAGCCAAAAAAUGA